AUGCCCAAGCCCAGACGCAACCUGCAGGCCACGGCCGAGGAAACCAUGACACCUCCUCAAUCCCUCACCGAGACACAAUCCGUCGCACGCGUCCAACAAGCCGCUGGAAACAACCUCUACCGUGUCGAACUGCCAGACACCAAGGUGCUCUUGGUCGAGCUUCCUGCUCGUUUUCGCUCAACCAUCUGGAUCAAGAGAGNNGGUGGAUUUGUGCUUGUCGACACGGGCGCUAUGAACGAGCGCGAGAACAAGCUGGACGGCGAGAUCAUCAACGUUGUUAGAAACGAGAAGGAAUGGCGCAAGGAGAAAUACUGGUACAUUGUUGGAAUCUCGUACGCCGAUGAAGACGAUUCGGACGAGGAAGAGUCCAACGUUGGCAAGAUGCCUCCUUCUGACUCCGAGGACGAGUGA